ACCCACAGACACAUAGACACGGGAGAGAGAGGAGGAGAAAGACAGAAACAAAGGCACGGCGGAAGGAGGCAGAGAGAGGACAGGCACAGAAGCGAAGCCAGACAGAGUCUGAGGGAGUGCAAAGGGAGAGGCCAGAGAAGCUGCAGAAGACACAGGCAGGGAGAAACAAAGAUCCAGGAGAGGAGGGUGUGGGAGGAGAGUUUGGAGGAACCAGACCACUAGGCACCUCUCCUAAGCCUAAGGGCCAAGUUUUCUCCAUCUCCUCUGAAGGUCCCCAGACCCUCUGAAAAUUCUGCCUCUGACCCUGGCAGGGGUCCGAGCGCCCAGGCUGCAGAGAGGAGCUUUCCAAAGCCAGGGCGGGGAGGACUUGGUGCCCAGACGGCCUCAGUCCCUCCCAGCUUCAGCACCAGUGCCAUGUCCCGGACGGACUCGCAUCCCGGGAGGGGCUUGGCGGAGUGCUGCCUGUGGGGAAUCCAACCCCGCCUGCUGCUCCCCACCGUGCCCGUCUCCGGGCCGCUUCUGCUGCUGCUGGCCUCCCUUCUGCCCUCAGCCUGGCCGGCCAGCCCCCUGCCCCGGGAGGAGGAGAUCGUGUUUCCAGAGAAGCUCAACGACAGCGUCCUGCCUGGUUUGGGCACCCCUGCCAGGCUGUUGUACCGCUUGCCGGCCUUUGGGGAGAUGCUGCUACUAGAGCUGGAGCAGGACCCCGGCGUGCGGGUGGAGGGGCUGACGGUGCAAUACCUGGGCCGGGCGCCUGAGCUCCUGGGCGGGGCAGAGCCGGGCACCUACCUCACUGGCACCAUCAAUGGAGAUCCGGAGUCGGUGGCAUCUCUGCACUGGGAUGGGGGAGCUCUGUUAGGGGUGCUGCAGUAUCGAGGGACCGAACUCCACAUCCAGCCCCUGGAAGGAGGCACCCCUAACUCUGCUGGUGGGCCUGGGGCUCACAUCCUACGCCGGAAGAGUCCUGCCAGCGGCCAGGGCCCCAUUUGCAACGUCCAGGCUCCUCCCGGGAACCCCAGUUCCAGCCCACGAAGAGCCAAGCGCUUUGCUUCACUGAGUAGAUUUGUGGAGACCCUGGUGGUGGCAGAUGACAAGAUGGCGGCAUUUCACGGUGGUGGGCUAAAGCGCUACCUGCUGACGGUCAUGGCAGCGGCGGCCAAGGCCUUCAAGCACCCAAGCAUCCGCAACCCUGUCAGCUUGGUGGUGACUCGGCUAGUGAUUCUGGGGCCAGGUGAGGAAGGGCCCCAAGUAGGACCCAGUGCCGCCCAGACCCUGCGCAGCUUCUGUGCCUGGCAGCGAGGACUCAACACCCCCGAGGACUCGGACCCUGACCACUUUGACACAGCCAUUCUGUUUACCCGUCAGGACCUGUGUGGGGUCUCUACUUGUGACACUCUAGGCAUGGCUGAUGUGGGCACUGUGUGUGACCCAGCUCGGAGCUGUGCUAUCGUGGAGGAUGAUGGGCUCCAAUCAGCCUUCACUGCUGCUCAUGAACUGGGCCAUGUCUUCAACAUGCUCCAUGACAACUCAAAGCCAUGUGUUGGUCUGAAUGGGCCUGGGAGUACCUCCCGCCAUGUCAUGGCUCCUGUGAUGGCUCACGUGGAUCCCGAGGAGCCCUGGUCCCCCUGCAGUGCCCGCUUCAUCACUGACUUCCUGGACAAUGGCUAUGGGCACUGUCUCUUAGACAAGCCAGAGGCUCCCCUGCAUCUGCCUGUGACUUUCCCCGGCAAGGACUAUGAUGCUGACCGCCAGUGCCAGCUGACCUUUGGGCCUGACUCACGCCAUUGUCCGCAGCUGCCGCCGCCCUGUGCUGCCCUCUGGUGCUCUGGCCAUCUCAAUGGCCACUCCAUGUGCCAGACCAAGCAUUCACCCUGGGCUGAUGGUACCCCCUGUGGGCCUGCACAGGCCUGUAUGGGUGGCCGCUGCCUCCACGUGGACCAGCUCCAGGACUUCAAUAUCCCACAGGCUGGUGGCUGGGGCCCCUGGGGAUCAUGGGGUGACUGCUCUCGGAGCUGUGGAGGUGGUGUCCAGUUCUCUUCCCGGGACUGCACACGGCCCAUCCCCCGGAAUGGUGGCAAGUACUGUGAGGGCCGCCAUACCCGCUUUCGUUCCUGCAAUACCCAGGACUGCCCAACUGGCUCAGCACUGACCUUCCGUGAAGAGCAGUGUGCUGCCUACAACCACCGCACUGACCUCUUCAAGAACUUCCCAGGGCCCAUGGACUGGGUUCCUCGCUACACAGGUGUGGCGCCCCGGGACCAGUGCAAACUCACCUGCCAGGCCCGGGCACUGGGCUACUACUAUGUGCUGGAGCCACGGGUGGUAGAUGGGACGCCCUGUUCCCCAGACAGCUCCUCAGUCUGUGUCCAGGGCCGCUGCAUCCAUGCCGGCUGUGACCGCGUCAUUGGCUCCAAAAAGAAAUUUGACAAGUGCAUGGUGUGCGGUGGGGAUGGUUCUAGCUGCAGCAAGCAGUCUGGCUCCUUCAGAAAAUUCAGGUACGGAUACAACAAUGUGGUCACCAUCCCUGCAGGGGCCACCCACAUCCUGGUCCGGCAGCAGGGUACCCCUGGUGUCCGGAGCCUCUACCUGGCCCUGAAGCUCCCCGAUGGCUCCUAUGCCCUCAAUGGUGAAUACACGCUGAUACCCUCCCCCACAGACGUGGUCCUGCCCGGGGCAGUCAGCUUGCGCUACAGCGGGGCCACUGCAGCCUCGGAGACACUGUCCGGCCACGGGCCCCUGGCUCAGCCCUUAACGCUGCAGGUCCUGGUGGCUGGCAACCCCGAGAAUGUACGCCUCCGCUACAGCUUCUUCGUGCCCUGGCCAGCCCCUUCAACGCCACGCCCCCCUCCCCAGGACUGGCUGCACCGCAAGGCCCAGAUUCUGGAGAUCCUCCGGCGGCGCUCCUGGGCGGGCAGGAAAUAACCUCACCGUCCCGGCUGCCCUUUCUGGGCACCGGGGCCUCGGACUUGGCUGGGAGAAUGAGGGGGCUCGGCAGCUGUCU